AUGGCCCAAUCGGUACCCCCAGGAGACAUCCAGACGCAACCCAACACCAAGAUCGUCUUCAAUGCGCCGUACGACGACAAGCACACCUACCACAUCAAGGUAUCGUUCUUCCCAUCCGAAGAACUGCUCAAGGGACCACUCUCAGGUGAUCAACUCGUCGGCUCGCCGCAUCGGCUACGGCAUCAAGACGACGAACAUGAAGCGUCUUGGAGUGGACCCUCCGUGCGGAGUUCUUGACCCCAAGGAAGCCGUUCUCCUCGCCGUCUCCUGCGACGCCUUCGCCUACGGACAGGAGGUAUACUGUAGCUAGGGAGCCAUUGUUCAAAAUCUUCUUUGCAGGACACCAACAACGACCGCAUCACCAUCGAAUGGACCAACACCCCUGACGGCGCCGCCAAGCAGUUCCGCCGCGAGUGGUUCCAAGGCGACGGCAUGGUCCGCAGGAAGAACCUCCCCAUCGAGUACAACCCUUGA